AGCGUCGAGCUGUCAGCGCUGAGAGAAGCUGGUCCAGCAUCUUCUGAGCUGCGAAGCGGAACCAAUGACAGAGAUCCAGCACUCAUCAGCGACAUGAGGAGGAAUUAGCUCCACCGCCGUCUCCAGCGUCUCCGUGACUCUCCACCGCGAUGCACGAGCCGGAUAUUUGACACCCGAAGCUCACACAGCGGCGCGGACACCGGACUUCAUUCUAUCAAUGAGAUCUGCGAGGAGGCUCUACGGCGCGGUGGCAACGCAGAAAAACACACGAUGAAGAAGCAGUUCAACCGAAUGAGGCAGCUCGCCAACCAAACAGUGGGCAGGGCUGAAAAAACUGAAGUACUGGGUGAAGAUCUGCUGCAGGUGGAGAAACGUCUGGAGCUGGUCAAACAGGUUUCCCACAGCACACACAAGAAGCUGACCGCCUGUCUGCAGGGGCAGCAGGGCGUGGACGUGGAGAAGAAGUCUGUCAGAUCACCCUCGAAGAAGCUUCCUCUCACAACACUCGCACAAUGUAUGGUGGAGGGGGCGGCCGUGCUCGGCGACGAGUCUUUACUGGGGAAAAUGUUGAAGCUCUGUGGCGAAACGCAGGAAAGACUCGCACAAGAGCUGAUUUUAUUUGAACUCACGAUUGAGAGGGACGUGGUGGACCCGCUGUGUGAACUCGCAGAGGUGGAAAUCCCAAACAUCCAGAAACAAAGGAAACAUUUAGCAAAGCUGGUCCUGGACAUGGACUCUGCACGCACGCGGUAUUACCAGUCCACUAAGUCGUCAGGGCUGUCCACCAAUCUGCAGCCAACAGGAGCCAAGGCUGACCACCUCAGGGAAGAAAUGGAGGAGGCAGCCAACCGCAUGGAGAUCUGCAGAGAUCAACUGUCAGCAGACAUGUACAGUUUUGUGGCCAAAGAAAUCGACUAUGCAAGCUACUUCCAGACACUGAUAGAAGUACAGGCAGAGUACCACAGAAAGUCCUUGGAGCUGCUGCAGAGUGUUCUUCCUCAGAUCAAAGCUCAUCAGGAGACCUGGGUGGAGAAACCGUGCUAUGGAAAACCAUUAGAGGAGCACUUAGUGCUCAGUGGGAGAGAUAUCGCCUUCCCCAUUGAAGCCUGUGUCACUAUGCUGUUAGAGUGCGGCAUGCAAGAGGAGGGUUUGUUUCGAAUUGCACCUUCUGCCUCAAAACUGAAAAAGCUGAAAGCAUCUUUGGACUGUGGCGUUCUGGACGUUCAGGAGUACUCUGCAGACCCACACGCCAUCGCAGGUGCUUUGAAGUCGUACCUGCGUGAGCUCCCAGAGCCGUUAAUGACCUUUGACCUGUACAGUGACUGGAUCCAGGCCUCCAACAUCCAAGAUCAAGAAAAGAGACUGCAGGCUCUGUAUGCGGCCUGUGAGAAGCUUCCUCCAGCCAACAACAACAACUUUAAGUAUUUGAUCAAAUUCCUGUCCAAACUGACUGAAUAUCAGGAUGUAAACAAGAUGACUCCUGGAAACAUCGCCAUCGUCCUCGGACCUAACCUGCUGUGGACCCAUAAUGACGGCAACAUAACAGAGAUGAUGACAACAGUUUCCCUGCAGAUCGUGGGCAUCAUUGAGCCAAUCAUCCAGCAUGCCGACUGGUUCUUCCCUGGAGAAAUUGAGUUCAAUGUCACAGGCAACUACGGCAGUCCUGUGCACACCAACCACAACGCCAACUACAGCUCAAUGCCAUCUCCAGACAUGGAUCAGAUGGACCGGAAGCAGAAUGACCAGAGCAGACGGCCGCUGAGCGUCGCCACGGACAACAUGAUGCUGGAAUUCUACAAGAAAGAUGGCAUUAGGAAGAUUCAAAGCAUGGGUGUCAGGGUGAUGGACACUUCUUGGGUGUCACGCAGGGGCUCUUCAUCUUCUCGUAAAAGCUCCUCUACGCCACCGAAUGUGCACCCCCCGACCCCGCCCGCUGAUGCAAUCAUCCCCGAACAGCCGGGGGAUUUCUAUGUCUCCCCUUCCCCAACCCCUCCUCCCACUAGCAGCGACCGAGCCAGUACUUUGAAGAACAAAGAGUUGUCCCCAGUUAUUGGACAGAAGGGGCUCCAAGGAGCAGUGCCCUGCAGUGGACAGUCACAACACUCUGAACACAGCCCUCACAGCCUGAGAAGAGCAAAAAAGCUUGCUCCAAUCCCACCAAAAGGUCCUUUUUGCCAGAUGGGAGCCAUGUCCGACCAGUCAACGGGUCAGCCAUCUCCAGUCAGCCUAUCGCCAACUCCUCCCAGCACCCCUUCCCCUUACGGCUUCAGCUAUCCACAAGGAUACGCCACCAUCAGCUCCCCGUGUCAGACGCAAACUGCAACCACUCCUUCUCUGUCCUCACCGCCUUCCCUGGCUGGCACCCUCACCAAGCCCAGGCCGACCCCAAAGCCGCCCAGACAGAGACCCAACUUACCCCCUCCUCAACCUCCCAGUACACCCGGUACAAGUCCUCAGCCUCUGGACCAUUCGUCAGGUCUUCUAGAUGGUUUGUCUCCUGGGGAAAGCAUGUCUACAGACACGUUCUGCAACUUGGACAUUCCCGUCAUCGACAUGGAACUGGACGGCAUUCUUGACUUAGCCCACAUCUCCCCCUUCAGGAACUUGGUGACUCUACUUGAGUCGACUAGCAGCAGGGCAGACUCUGAGGAGGAGUCGGAGAGCACAGUGCUUUGACGCCGUAGAGUCCCUGCUCUUCAGAUGAAACACUGAGUGUUGCACAAGCUCCCUCAUCCGUUCUCUUCUCUCCAGCUGGAUCUAUAGGUCACAAAAGCCCCCCCACCACACCUCAGCUGCCCUCCAGCUGGGUGACGUAAAAACAAGCACUUCCAAAACCGGAGCAGCUUGACUUUAAAUCACUUGGAAUUACUUUUUUCUGUGCAUCAACAGAUUAAUGUUAAUUUUUCUAAUUGCUUUUGCCUUAGUUAAUUCUGUUGCAAUAUUGCCUUUUAACAUUACAGUCGAGACUGAACCGGGCCACUGGAAGGAAAGAUGUUUGCUGCUUCUGGGUCCCAUCUUCAUGUAAUAGGACCGUACUGUACAUCUGUCACCGUCUCUUCCCCCCCAGACUCCCUCUAUCAUUUCUCAUGGUGGGGGGGCAUGUCCCCCACCAUCACCAGGCUCUGGCCUAUGAUGACCCCAUAUUUUUUUCCCAGCUGGAAGUUCACUGUGAGUGUGUCUCAGGAAGACGAGUGUGUGUUCUGCUGGAGUGUUGGGUCUAAACUGAUGUUGUUAUUGCGCUAAAUGAUGUUGCAUUGUUGGGGUCAGAGGUGACGGACAGGCAGGAAUUUGUGUUCAAAGUUUUAGGAGAAGCUCAAAAACACUUUGAUUCAGUCAGGAAGUUGUACUGGAGAUUUAUCGAGAGGAUAUAAUAGAAACAUAACUAUACUUCAACAACAGAUGAUAUUUUUAUUUAUAAGAAGAGACCAUUUCUUCUACAGCUGAUACUAUUGGAGACAAAAACAUAUAUGAGUACUUAAGUUUCUGAAUGAUUCAGAGGGAAAUCACUCACUGAUGCAUGAGGGCAAAAUUGUUGGUACCUAAUGAAAGAAAAUCCAGAUAUGAUUAUUGAAAAACUUAAAACGGACAAAAGUAAUCAUUUUAAAAACUGGCCUCAAUCAGCCAAUAAAAACAGACAUUCAUUUUCAAUAUUUUUUAACAGAAUCAUUUAAAAACAAACGACUGCAAAUUUGCCAAAUAGACUUCUGCACAUGUCUGCAGGCACUUUGGCUCACUCCUCAGGAGUAAGUUACUCUAGAUGUUUUAGGUUGGGAGGGUAUCUUUCUUUAGGUUGGAAUUUUCAGCUCCAUGAUCACAGAUACUUCAUUUAUGAACAAACAGAUCUCCAGUUUUCUCUUCUGUCCAAAGGGCACUCUCAAAGGAUUUUUACGGCUCGUCACUCUGCAUUUUGGUAGAUUCCAGCCUCACUUUACUUCAGGUGUGGCAUCAUCCUUGACAGUCUCACAUUUUUCUCAAACAGAAACAGAUUUUUCGAUCCAUUGACUGUAUAAUAGAAGUGGACCGAGUGACCCCUCCCCCCUGGGGUUCCAAAUAGGAAGUACCUGUUGGUUCCAAGAAGCUAAAAUCCCAUAGACUUCUAUAAGCUUUUACUCAGUCAUUCUAUUUUUAAGAGAAACCAUUCUUGCUUUGAUACCUUUUUAAACCUAAUUUUUUAAUUAUAUUUUUACUGUUGUGCAAGUCAUUAAAGUCCUAAACCUUCUCUGCCUUCAGUAGAAGGGGUGUGGCUUCCCAACAAGCUUCACUCCUAAUUGAUGAGAGUGGUUGCCAUAGAGACAUUGCCAUGGAUCCGUUUGGACCAAUCACUGUUCACUAAUGAUGUCUGACUCCAAUAUGGUGAUGUGUCUGUACAGCACCAUUUUCUAUGGGUGAUGUCACAGUUAUCUUAUACAGUCAAUGAAUCUGACACUGACCUUGGAGUUUACAUUUUCAUAUCAUUGGGGUUGUUCUGGUUAGCAUAUAUAGCUUAUCUUCCGUUUGUCAUCAGAUUUCCUUUUAGCCACAAUAUGUAUUUAUUUAUUUGUUUUUAUAAAUUUCUCUUUAAGUUCAGGGUGGUUGUCAUCCUUUAACCUCUUAAGAUCUAACAUCACAUUUUGGGUUGGUUUACCAGAGUAGUUAAUUCUGCUAUGACAACAUGUGUAGAGGGUUAACUCAAAUAUUAGGAAUCAAGAGGUAAAAGGAACUGACAGAUUACAGGUUUCAAAACACAUGUAACAUUGAUUAAAAGACAUACUUUAGUUUAAUGAGUCCCUGUGGUCAAAUUCUGUUGAAUAUUUUCUUGGUUACCAUUAUUUCUGUGAAGGCUUAUUCCAUUGUUUUUUUUUUUGUUUUUUUUUUUUUUAAUGAUUCUGUUAAGAAAUUCAAACAAAACGUCUGUUUUUAUAGUAAAUUCUUAUAUUGUAAUUUUUUCAGCUUUAAGUUUAGUUUCAGUGACUAUUUUCUUUUGCUAACAGAAGGAAACCAACAAUUUUGUCCUGAUAGCGAGUGAUCAUAACUACACUAUCGUUGAGUUCAGAUGGAAACCUUGAGAAUGUAGCGACAAAGACACAGAUUUUGUAUUUCGAUAACUGGAGUCCAGGCCUAAAAGCAUUUAUGCUGAACGGUAAAUGCUGUCUGGCAGAUUUGCAGCAGAAGUUGUGACAGUAGAAUAUACAACUGCCAACUAAACUCGUGUAUUUUCGGUGCAGUUAUACAUCACUGCACUGAAAGUUGUCAAACAUCCUUCAUAAAAACCCACACUAUCCUUAUACAAACAGCUAGCAUCCUUGGAUGUGUGGGAAUUGUUGUAUUUACUGCUUUAUUUUCAUAAAUAAGCACUUUUUUCUGACAUUUCCAACCAUUUCAGGUUGCAGGAAACAGAGGAUGCUGAUAUUUUUUGUCUAUAUUAGUGCUUUAGAGGAAGUGUGCAAAGAUGCGUGUUCAUGUGUUUAUUUUGAUGAGAAUAUUUAUACGUAUAUAUAUAUAUAUAUAUAUUUCGGAGUACUUUUUACUCACUACGCUGGAGUAUUGUUUAUGGAUUCAAAAGAAGUCAGACUGGGGACCAGAAGUUUUCAGCUGCUGCUCUGAAAACCUUUUCAGGAAAAGCAGUUUGAAAGAGAGCAUGAAAAUCUAGAGUAAUGAGGUUAAAGACAGCAGCAGUUUAUUUGCCUUGCAGGGGGUUUUGUCGUGACUUAUCCCGAUUUGCAGGACCUUUUUGAUUUGUCCAUCCACUACAUGGCCUCAAAGUCACUGUGCUGCUCUUUAAGUGGGAUAUUUCUCAACGGGACCUUUGUAAAUACGCCUAUGUACAUAAUUGUUCUGUACAUAACAGAAAGAUUCAUGUGUAUUCAUAGACUGUAAAGAGAACUAAAUGAUGACAAUAAGACACACUGUCCAUAUAGUGUUGCUGGUUGUAGCACAAUAAUGUCACAAAACAUCAGAUGAACAUCAUACUGUAGAUCAGGGGUGUCAAACUCAUCUUGGCUCAGGGGCCACAUUCAACCCGUCUGAUCUCAAGUGGGACGGAUCAGUAAUAUUAAAGCAAAAUAACCAAUUUAUUAUCUGUAGUUUAGCUUUAUUUUUUGUUCAGUUGGAAAAAAAUGCUUCAAACAAUUUAUUUCUUAAUGCCGGUCUUUGCUCUCUCUAGUGGCGGAAUUGCGCAUUGCAGUCAUUUCUUUGAAGAACCAGAACUUGCCACAUGAAUAGGCAAGAAACUUGCUUUUUUCUCAACAUCCUUAUAUUUUUUUCUCUUCACGACUGGGCCGGAUUAAACCAUCUGGUGGGCCGGAUAUGGCCCGAGGGCCAUAUGUUUGACACCCCUGCUGUAGAUGAAAUGAAAACAGCUUUAGUUUCUGACCUCUAAAACCUCUUUAAUCCUGACUUCAGCUUUAGUUAGAGAAAAAAUAACUUUUUUGUUCUACUGCAGAAAACAUGAACAUGUGCAGCUUACAAGAUGAUUGUGUUUCCUUUUAUACAUGUCCUCUGUCUUUGAUACUUCUGAAUAUGAGGAUAUGUGUUGCUGAAAACUGUUUUCUGUUCGGGUGAGAGUUAAAAGUUAAAAAGACGGCACUAAAGCUGCUGCAUAUCUGCUUUUUACAAAAAAAAAAAAACUGGCUUCACUCUGGCUGCAUUAUGUCAUUAGUCAGCAGUUAUGCUUUAAGGGAUCUGCUGUUCGCUAUUGUAGUAUCUGAAGUUUGAUUUCUGUGCACAAAAAGAGUUGAAAAUGGGUUAGCAUCUUUCUGGCAGCAUCACAGUGUAGACAGCUUCUUCCAAACAGUAAAACAUGUUGUGCUUUUACUUUGACAGUUCCACAUAAGUGGAAAACUUCUGUUUUUAUGUCAUAAUUAUCGAAAUAAUGUCAACCAUCAAAGCAAAACUCUUGGCUUCUGCGUUUUUUUAUUUUAUUUUUUACCUGAGGCUUCUCUGGUACAAGCAGCAAGUCUGCAAUCACAUUGAGUUGUUGUGAAGCUGGCCUCAAGCAGCAUCAACACUUGUGUUUCCCUGCAUCAGGUUCAAACACAAGGCAGGUACCGCAAAAGGAGACUUUUAAAACAUUCCUGUAGGAGGAAAAAGACUCAAAUCGGAAAAAUGUUUGGAGGAUAAACGGAUGAUUCUGCAAGUUAUGUUUUUAUUUAACACUGUGAUAAAUGCACAUCACAAAGAUUUUUAGCUAAAAUUUCUUUAAAAUCACAUAACUGCAGAGUUAUUAAUGUUUAAUUCUUUAAUAAUUCAGCAUGAAUUUAUCUUGUCAAUUUACAAGAACUAAACCUUAUUUUAAAGUCGCAGACGGUCCGUGUUGAAGUGGUUUUCCUCUUCUUCGUCUGGACGUCUGUGUUAAAAUGUGUUGCUCUUUGUUUUUUACUAAAGAGUUUCCGAUUCCUGCUUGUUCAUAGAGUUGAUCCUUAAAUGCCAAAAGCGGUUUAAAGUAUUGCAGCUUUUGUUCUUGGAGCACUGAAACCCAAACAUCUGCACAAACAGACCGACCAGGUUUAUCUGCUGACUUCUUGUUUCUGUAGUAGUUAUAAAAAAAAUGUUCACGUUGGAGUUAUUAUCAUUUUUUGUGGGGGUUUAAGGUAGGGUGUCUUCUGUGAAACGGAGCUGCAUGCAUUUAAGCCAUGCCUAUGAGAAUGUGUCACAUUUUAACUCCUGUCUAAAUGUGCUUGUGCUUCAUUUUUGCAAGAUGUGGAGACCAAACGUAGAUGGAAAAGCUGCCCCUCUCUAAAGCCUUUUCAUAGUUUUCUCUUUGUUUUUAUGACUCAUGAGCUGAAAUACAUUUCUUUAGGUUUAUAUUUGUCUAAAGAAGCACAGCACACUCAAAGCUGAGAUCAAAAUAAGGACGUCAAACUACAAAGUCCUGGUUUACCGUGUAAAAUCCACACAGCCAAUGAAAAAAAGAGAAAAACACUUUUUUUUUUUUUGUUUUUUGAUUUUUACAAUUUCUAUUGUGCUGUGGUGCAUGCAGCCAUAACCUUUCUUGUUACUAAAUGUGGCAACUUCCAAGUAGCUGGGCCAAGAAUAAAAAGGGAAAAGAAGACGAAAAUGAACCUUUUCAGAUUUGGGAAUUCUUUGUGUCAAACUGUUUAAAAUGCUGUGGACUCUUCAACGUUUGGAGAAAAGAAGAAAUGCCUUUACUUGGACUUGUUGUCUCUCACUUACCAAGUGUGUAAGAUAAAAGAAAAUACAACGAUCCUCAUGUAAAAUGUUGAAAAUAUUAAACAUUUUUAAAUUAUUUGGACAUGUGUUGCUUUUUUUUUACUUGUAACAGUUACAUUUAAUAUCAAAAAGGGAUGAAAAAUGUGGAUAUAAAGUACAAGAACAACCUGAAAAAUCCUGCAGGAUUUCACAACUUGAUAUAGAAACUGUAGUUUUGUUUGCAUCCAUAGUUUUUAGGUGAGACAGGCUUUUAUCUUAAUGUAUAAGUGUUUAAGUGCAGCAGGAUAAUGAGACACUUUGUUUAAAAAUCUGCUUUAUGCAUAAAGAAUGUUUAUAUUUACAUUUGAGCAGAAAUCAAGGAUUCUUGAAUAACUUACAGACUUCUGAGCAUUUAGAUGAUCAAAAAGUCUUACAAACUUUUUGCAAACAGCGUGAACUGAGAUAGAACACCUACGCUGAUCAAAACAAAAGAACAAGACAGAUGAGCUCCAAAGCAUCAUGGGAAUUUAAGAUACUGGGCCUGGAAAAGUUAAAAAAAAAAAAAAAAGAA